AUGAAGGUCGGAAUCGCGGGAAUCACAGGCAAAUUCGCCCGCCACCUCGGCUACUUUCGCAAUUCCAGCAAGCUUCCAGACACCUUACGCUCGUCUUUGAAGCUUGAACUCAUCCAGGGUAAUGCCUUCGACAACGAUGCAAUCCUUUCUUUCGUCCACAGCUGCGAUGUAGUCGUUUUCUGCUACCUCGAUGACGACAAACUCAUGGUCGACGGACAGAAGCUCCUUAUCAAUGUUUGUGGUGAUGAGCCAUCUGUCACCUGGUACGUCGCUAGUGACUGGGCGCUGGACUACACCAAGCUCGAGCUGGGCCAGCUGUUUCCCAAGUGCCCCAUGAUUCACAUCAAAGCGUAUAUCGAGACGAAGCAGGAUGUUUCUGGUGUGUAUAUUCUGAUUGUUGGAUCCAUGGAACCUGUCUUCAGUCCGUUCUUCAACAUAUUUGACCCGGAGAGCAACACGUUCCAGUACUGGGGAGAGGGCGACGAGGCUAUGGGAGGUAUUACAUAUGAUGAUGCUGCGAAGUUCACCGCUGCGGUUGCUGCAGAUCCUAAUGCCUCUGGUAUUUUGAAGUUCGUUGGUGGUUGUUCUAGCAUCUACAAAAUCGCACAGACUUUCGAAAAGAUCUACGGAAUGCCUGCGACUGUAGAGCGACGUGGAUCCCUAGAUGAUCUGUACAAGCAUAUGCACGAGUUGAGUUCUAGCAACCCACAGAAUGUCUAUAUAUAUGUGUCACUAUUCUUCUUCUAUUACUGGAUCAACGAUCAGACACUAAUUGGUCCUGAACUUGUCAAUGCCCGGUAUUCUGAGGUGAAGCCGGUCGAUUAUGAGGGUAACAUGUACAAGUGGCCGCGCGAGCCGUUGGCGACGUCCUUUUUCUCGCUGACCAUGUAA